AUGGGAAUAUAUGGAAUGGUGACUGGAAAAGCGGGAAAGAGUGGAUUUGGAUCAGCUUCAACAGCUGAAGAUGUCACUCAGUCCAUUGAUGCCAAUCAUCUCACUGCCAUCGUUACAGGUGGAACAAGUGGGAUUGGAUUGGAAGCAGCAAGAGUGUUAGGAAUGAGAGGUGCUCAUGUGAUUAUCGCUGCAAGAAACACAAAAGCAGCUAAUGAAUCUAAAGAGAUGAUUCUCAAGAUGAACCCUAAUGCACGUAUUGAUUAUAUUCAACUCGAUCUCUCUUCCAUCAAAUCCGUCAGAUCCUUCGUCCAUCAGUUUCUUGCCCUUAAUCUCCCUCUCAACAUACUCAUGUAUGUAUACGAAUUUUAG